CAUAAAACCAUCUUCUGCCGGCCGUUUAGUUUCUUUUCUCCUCUCAGUUUCUCUCCUCUUAAUUCUUCUUAUUUAUAAUUAAUGUCCCACCGGUUCUCCCUCUGUAAUCGCCUGACGCUCCGGCUUUUGUCAAACCAGCUGCACCAGACGGAUUUGUGUCUGUAUCUCCAGCUGUGUGGCUCCAGUCCCGUAGUCUGGGUCGGCCAUGUUGUUGUGCGGUGCUUGAUGGAAGUUUAGCAGAAAAGGAGUGGAUGCUCCGCAGCUCUCCGGGAUACUUCAAGACCUCACUUUCUCUUCUUUUGCGUGUAAUCAUUGUCAUGUUGCUGCACGAAUCAUCCUCCCUGACUUCCCCGCUCCGACAACGAUGACUGUCUCCUCCACCGCCUCCGCCAGCCUCCAAGACUGCAACACUUCAGUCGCUUUGGUUGAACUUAAAUCAGAGCUCAGCCGCUCCGCUGGAUGGAUGAAGUGAUGAUGAGGGCGGCUCGGUCCAGGUUGGAAUAACUCGGAUUUACUUUGUCCAGAUCGGAUUCAUUAGGAAGUCGGAGGAAAUCAAAGAAAAGAAGGAGAAAAGACACAAAAAGGACCUGCGUUUGAGAAGGGCGAGACGAUGGGCUGCAUUAAGAGCAAAGAGGACAAAGGCCCAACGAUGAAGUAUCAGCCAGAGAAUUCUCUGGCAUCAGACGCCAAUGCUGCCACAAAUACGCCUCACGUUGGUCACUAUGGCCCAGAUCCGACCCAGAUGCAACAAAGUCAAAUUCCCCCUUCUUCUUCUGGCUCUGGAGCUGUAAAUUUCAACCACAACAUUACUCCAUUUGGAGGCUCCUCUUCUGCCAUGACUCCGUUUGGAGGAACAUCCACCUCUUUCUCUGGACCUAUGUCCAACUCCUUCUCUGGUGCUGUGUCAAGUGGUGUUACCUUCUUUGUGGCCUUGUUUGACUAUGAAGCCAGAACAUCAGAUGAUCUUACAUUUAAAAAGGGAGAUCGCUUCCAGAUCAUCAACAACACAGAAGGGGACUGGUGGGAGGCCCGUUCCAUCAACACAGGGAAGAAAGGCUACAUCCCCAGCAAUUAUGUGGCCCCUGCUGACUCCAUUCAGGCUGAAGAGUGGUACUUUGGUAAAAUGGGACGCAAAGAUGCUGAGAGGCUACUGCUGAAUCCAGGGAAUGAUCAAGGAACUUUCCUGGUGCGAGAAAGUGAAACGACUAAAGGUGCAUUUUCUCUCUCCAUACGAGACUGGGAUGAAGCCAAAGGAGACAAUGUGAAACACUACAAGAUCCGCAAGCUUGAUAACGGGGGAUACUACAUCACCACACGAGCACAGUUUGACACAUUACAGAAGCUCGUCAAACACUAUACAGAGCAUGCAGACGGACUCUGCCACAGGCUGACCACAGUUUGCCCCACAGUCAAGCCUCAGACCCAGGGACUUGCUAAAGAUGCCUGGGAGAUUCCUAGGGAGUCGCUGCAAUUGGAGCUCAAACUGGGCCAGGGCUGCUUUGGAGAGGUCUGGAUGGGCUUUUCUCUUCCCGUCUUUGUUUCUGUAGGCACGUGGAACGGCACCACCAAGGUGGCCAUAAAGACCCUGAAGCCUGGGACCAUGUCGCCUGAGGCAUUCCUUCAGGAGGCUCAGAUUAUGAAGAAGCUCAGGCAUGACAAACUGGUGCCUCUUUAUGCAGUGGUGUCAGAGGAGCCCAUCUACAUAGUCACAGAGUACAUGUCCAAAGGCAGCCUGCUUGACUUCCUGAAAGAAGGAGAUGGCAAAUUCUUAAAUCUUGUCAUGCUGGUGGACAUGGCUGCAAAGAUUGCUGAUGGGAUGGCUUUCAUUGAGAGGAUGAACUACAUUCACAGGGACCUGCGUGCGGCUAACAUCCUUGUGGGCGACAACUUGGUGUGCAAGAUUGCUGACUUCGGUUUGGCCAGGUUGAUAGAAGACAACGAGUACACGGCGAGGCAAGGAGCCAAAUUCCCAAUUAAAUGGACUGCGCCGGAGGCUGCUCUGUACGGUCGCUUCACCAUCAAAUCCGACGUCUGGUCCUUUGGCAUCCUGCUCACUGAGCUUGUCACCAAAGGCAGGGUGCCCUACCCAGGUAUGGUUAACCGAGAGGUGCUGGAGCAGGUGGAGCGUGGAUACCGCAUGCCCUGUCCGCAGGGCUGCCCCGAGUCCCUGCAUGAGAUGAUGAAGCUCUGCUGGAAGAAGGAGCCAGAUGAGAGGCCCACGUUUGAGUAUCUACAGUCCUUCCUGGAGGACUAUUUCACCUCCACAGAGCCACAGUACCAGCCUGGAGAAAACCUAUAGCCGGAGGAGGCUUGUUUAAAGACACACAAGGCUAUUAAAAGUUGGUGUCAUUCACACUUGCCACUCCAUGCUCUCCUUUGUUCAAGGCAUCCAUUCACAUAUUUUCUUUUGUUGUUGUUGUUGUUAACAUGUGGUACUACACAAUUUAGCUGUGUGAAUUUUAAACUUUUCAUGUGGAUUUAAUCAACAUGUACAAAAUGAGUGUGGAUAUGGUCACACAAAGUUAUUUUAAAGCUGUGAUUUAGACUCCAAAAAGGAAGAAAAAACAAAAAAAAAAACAAUUUACAGCAGCCGACCUUUCAUGUUUAUUGUGGAAAGCUCACACUCAUUUGCCUCCAAAUCGUAGGCUUUGUGCUAUAUUAGUGAGAUAUGCAUCAAAGUGUUUAAUUAUUGAGAAAAAUAAUAUAUAUUUCACUAACAAAGAAAACUUCUCAGGGGGGUUGAUGGUCAUUAUCCCAGUGCAUUUGGGGUGAUAAUUUAAAAGCAAAUCCCACACAGCUUCACUUUACUCACAUUUCAUCAGAAUGCUUUGUGCUUUUUUUGUUUGG